UACCGGUACAUGUAUUUCAGUAUUUCAGUGACAAAAAACAAUCUCUGCAUAGCUACUACAGUGUAGUAUUGCUGAAGCCAUGAAGGAAGCUCCAACGGACCAGAACGCUAUGAGCAGAGAGUCGAGCUCUGUUGGUGAUGGAGGCGAAGCAGAAGCAGAAACAAGCUCUCGCCAAGGUGAAGCCACGUCGGAUCAUGUGGAAGGCGUUUCAUCCACUGCAGCUGGCAACCAUGAACCUCCAGUGCCAAUGUCAGAUUCACAGCUGUCCACUAAUACAAUGGACUGGCACAAACCAAACGAUGAAGAGAAAAAAUCUGGGUUGACGGACAAUGAGAUGGCUCGAAUCAAAGAAGAGGCAAAACUGACGCAACUCUCCCCAGCCGCUACAUUGGUUUUACAAGAUUAUGAUGACAGCAAAAAUCAACAGACCGGUGCAACCACUCCACAAACACAGAACCAAAAACUCCCAGCUAUACAACGCCCUAAAGCCGGGUCCAGACCACUACUACCAAGAAGAAAGCCUUCCAACCACCAGCGGCAUCAGUUGAGACAAUUUCAGGGAAAGACUUCGACUCCUGAUGAUGAACAAUCUAAGAGCAGUAAUCGCGGCAAUGAGUGUAUGGAUGAAAUCAAAGAACAGGAACGGUUGACUCGCCUGAAUCCAGCAGUUUCGUUGGCAUUGGGCGAAGCCUUCCAUAAGAAAGCGCCUUCGCAAGUACAUAACCACGAGGCAGAAAAGCCCCGGGCUGCCAAGAUGCCCGCGGAUUCGGAAAAAGAUUGGCGGGAACAAUUUAGCCUCAUGGAUGAUAGUGGUGGAGAACAGCAAGAAAGAAUGCGCAAUCAUGCAUCAACUCCGUUGUUGGCACAACCCGGCAAUCCACAAGACACUGUUGACAAUUUGAUAAAGUCCCUGGCUAGACACCCGAGCGACUACGGCUCGGAUUAUGGGUCCGAUAUCUCGGAUGAAUUCGCACGUCAACAGAUUGCAAUGCAAAGCUCUGCUGCUCCAUCGGUCUGUUUGGAAGGGGAAGAAAAGGAAGAGCUGAGUGACGAAAACAACAGCCAGUACGCCAAAAAUCGUAUUGAUGGACCUGUACAGCCUGGGGCCUAUGGUGCAGCUCCAGGGGUGAAACCUUCCAGAAUUGCACCCCUACGGUUCUCUGCACUGAUACGGGCCAGUGCAGAAAACGAAGAUUCCGGUCAGCUGCUGCCCAACAAACGCCUUCACGAUGACUUGGAAGCAGCCCGACUUGAAUUGGGGGGGUCCAUUCAAAGUAGCAUUGAUUCCAAGGCUCACAGCGCCACUGAGGAACUCACAUCACAGCGCAAUCAAGGGCUGGUGAAAGCUCGCCUUGUGGAAUCCAUGAUGGAAAUUGAUAUCCAUGCCAGCGAAUACAAGAGCCCAUCGCCGGAGGCCGCAGCAACAAAAGUACAACGCCAGCGGUAUGAGUUGACAAGAUCCUAUGCAGUCCUAUUUCUGGGAUUCGCUCUUUUUGUCUUGUUGAUGUUAGCGGCAACAGGUACUAUCUUCCCAGGAGAUCCACCGCUGCCUCCUUCUGAGAUGCCCUCACAGUCUCCUACUUUGGCACCAACCAUGUAUGAGUACACCUUGGAGCUACCUGCCUAUACUAUAAAGGCAAUACAAGCGGACCACUUCUCUCCACAGGCUCUGGCCUAUGCUUGGAUUCAGAAUGAUACCCUGCUGGAAAACUACAGUCCUUACCAACAACUGCAGCGAUUUACUUUGGUAACUUUGUAUAUUGCUACCAAUGGGGAGGCAUGGACUAUCAAUGAAAACUGGUUGUCUCAUGCUCACCAUGAAUGUGAAUGGCAAACAAAGGGCCUCAGUUGGGGAGGGACUGGCUUUGUUAUCUCAACUUCAUGUGAUUCCGACGGAAGCUUGCUCUAUCUAAGACUGACAAAAAAUGGACUCUUUGGAACACUUCCUCCAGAGGUGGCCUUUUUGACAAAGCUGGAAGUUUUGGAUCUGGCUUCCAACAAUAUCCGAGGACGAGUCCCAACUCAAAUUGGCCAGAUGACUGCCCUCAGAGAGCUCAUCCUGGAUUUCAAUAAGCUCAGAGGCCUUGUGCCAUCCGAGCUUGCCCACCUGACUCUUCUGGAGUAUUUCUAUAUUCACAACAACCCAGUGACAGGAACCCUCAUGACAGAACUUGGCCUCUUGACCAACAUGGUUGAUUUGCAAUGGGCGGUAACAUCGACAAGAGGGAGCAUCCCAACUGAGAUUGGGUUGAUGACACAGUUGACGAACUUGAUCCUGGGUGCGAACAUGCUUGAAGGAUCACUCCCAUCAGAACUUGGCUCACUAACCAAGAUAUCAUGGGGCUUUGGGGCAUAUGGCCAGUUUCUGACUGGGGUCAUCCCAAGUGAGCUUUGGAGGAUCUCCAAUGUCAAGUCUUUCCAUUUGGAUGACAAUUCCCUCACAGGUUCACUUUCAAGUGAAAUUGGCCUCUUGAGCAGGGCACAAGGGAUUUAUCUGAACAGCAAUAAUAUGGAAGGAAACAUCCCAUCAACACUGGGACUCUUGUCAUCUAGCCUACAGUUCCUUGACCUCUCUGCUAAUGCUGGCAUUUCUGGCAGCAUCCCUUCCGAACUUGGAGGCAUGACAUCACUGACAUGGCUCGAUUUGGACAGGACAAAUCUCAGUGGCUCCCUCCCUGUGGAGCUGACAAAUUUGGCUGUCAAUGGCAGCCUCAGCAAACUGCUCUUGAACGAUACCUUUGUCACGGGAGAAAUUCCUUCUCAACUUUGCUCCUUUGAAGAGCUGCACUUUGACUGCUCCAGCAACCUUUGUGGUUGUUUCUGUGUGUGCCUGUUCACAGCACAAGACAAGAGGGAAUCCCUGUUGGGCAGGAGUGUGCAUGAACAGCUAAUUUUUCCUUGAGUUGGCAUCCGCAGUGACGUCGUCGUCUUUCGUUGUGACAGGAAGUUGAUAACGCAACAACCAUGAGCGUUGGUUGAAAAAAAGUUUGUAUGAUGUUUGUAAUAUUCUUAUAAUGUACUAGUACUGCUGUA